AUGUCGGAAAGUGAAAACCCCAAUCAACAGGCUGGGGGUGGCAGCGAUGCAUCCCGCAUAUCGGUGGCAGUCAUUGGCACCGGCAUGGCAGGUCUGGUGACGGCGUACCUCCUGCAGCAUGAUGAGCGCCAGAAGUUUGAUAUCGAAGUCUUUGAGUCGCAAGAGGCAUUGUCGCUGGACGCCGAAGCUGAAAACAUUGAAUCAGAGGAUGGGAAGGAUGCAAUCAAUAUCAGCCAUCCGAUGCGUGUCAUCGAUGAUGGUUACUAUAAAUAUAUGACGCUCAUGUACGAGCAUCUCGGCAUCAAGUGUGAUCCGCAAAAGUUCCUCUUCAGCUACUCGUAUAUACCCAAGGCAAAGCCAGGGAGUGGGUCGGACCAGGCCCAUGAAGAAGCAGCGCAGGCCAAGGUGUCGUUCCUAUAUUCGUCUAACAACCAUCGGAUUCCUCCCCUCCGCCCCGAUGGGCUGAGUUUCUUCUCAUGGCUCGGAGAGCUCUUCUAUGUCACUUUCUUCUUCGGUUGGUUCGUCAUUGCGUGCUUCUGGGUAAACGCCGGCAAGGCACAUCCAAAACCCCCGGCAGCGGACCAGGGUCAGUCCGAGUCAUUAGAGGAAUACUUCCACCGCGUCCGCCUUCCGCGGUACUUUGUGCAUCGAUACAUCCUACCUCCGUUGUCCAGCAUGUCGACAUGCACGCACAGUGAAAUGCUCAGCUUUCCAGCUAGUGAUAUAGUACAUUAUAUCCGGCGCACGUACGGAGCACCGCAUUAUCUUGUACGCGGAGGAACUCGAGCGGUCGAACACACCCUUUCCAAGGGGCUAAACAUCCGACUCGGAGCCCGCGUCACUUCUGUCCGUCCGGCUGGUUCUUCCGUCAUGGUAUGCUGGGAAGCCACCUCCUCUGCCUCUGGGCUGGCAGGAGAAAAAAUACCCCCCAUGUCCUGCUGCCAGAGAACGUUCGAUCGUGUCAUUCUCGCCAUACCACCAAAUGCCGUGGGAGCAAUCUUUGAACCUCUCCGAGAAGAAACAUCAGCUAUACCCACCACAUCCGUAGAGUCUUUAAUCCAUACUGACGCAUCCACCCUACCCAAUGUCUUCCCUGCAUCGGUAAAAGCCCAAACGGCGUCAAAGGAAAAUAUAGAAUGGGCUCAUCUCCGCUCAACGGCUGAAUCGACUGAAUCUAUUCAUGAACACCCCUCGUCAUACAUAAUAACCACCUCACCCUUAAUACCUAUCGAUCCCAGCAAGGUUGUGCGCCGCUCCUAUUUCACACGAACGUUACGCACUCCACAGAGUAGGGCAAUAGUCAAUCGUAUAUUUGACAAAACAAGCCCCUCGUCUGAUCAGGAAUCGAGAGCCAAACCCCCUGGGUGGCGAAAUGGAGACGGAAACGUUUUCCUGGUUGGUAGUUGGUGUUGGGACGGGAUGGUUCUUUUAGAAGGUUGCGUUGUAUCUGCUAUGCGUCUUGCUGAUGAGUUUGGUGUCAGAGUUCCUUGGGUUAAGAGAUGA